UACCAGAAUGGGUGGUCUUUGUGUUGUUAAUUUAGACAGGAAGUUUGAUGAAAAAGACUGCGUUUGGUGCGUUUAAUGCCUGCAUAUAUUUGGAAUCGGAAAGUUGUAUGUGAAUAUAAUUAUCGUUGAAAAACCCAGGACCCUUUAAUAGCCGUCUCCAUGGAGAUUUGGUGGUACACAGGGUCUGUUAACUUCGGCGCCAUUUUCAAACAUCUUUACCGCCCAGUGCUCUCCUACAGCAGAUGUAUCAGUUAAGUUUGUACAAGGACUAGCUUGUGACUAGAACCAAAAUCAGAUCGUGAGCUGAGCAGCAAAACUAAACUGACUCAAACACUGCAUGUUCAUCAACUAUGUUAGAUAAGUGGGUGAUGUUGCAAAGUUGACUUUAUACAGACAGAAGUUUUGAUUACAGUGCCUUCCAAGCCAGACAUCACCACGUCAACGUAUCAGCCCAAGGAACGUCAACCAAAGUUAAGUGCUAAUGUAUCCUUCGUCGCAUUCGUUUGGAUGAAGAAACAACAGAGGAGAAAUGCCCCGAAAAGACAGCUGAUACUACAUUCCCGUCUGAAACACCACUUUAUCAGUUUCAAUUGCUGCAUUGAUUGAAUUGACUGUCCAGUAACAAUGAGUACCACUGCCGAGAGGAAAUUUGUCAAUCUAAGGAAACGGCUAGAUCAGCUUGGAUACAGGCAGCCGCUGGGAAUCGAUACCUUGCCUCUAGUUGAGAAACUAUUCAGUGACCUGGUGCACACCACUGAGAGUCUGCGCAAUUCCAAGCUCUCAGCCGGCAAGACUGAAAAGGAAAGUCGGAAUCUGGACGCUCUCUUGGAGCCCUACAAGACCGAAAAUGCACGUUUGGUACGGGAGAACAAUGAGCUUCACCUGGGGCUUCUGAAGCUCAGGGAGGAGAAGGACAAGCUCAGCAGAGAGCUGAAGGCCUACAUAAGGAAGCUCGACCAUGAGACGUCAGACCUGAAAUUUCUUAACAACCAGUAUGUGCACAAGGUGCGCUCCCUGGAGAAGGAGAACAUGGUUAGGACGGAACGCAUUCAGCAGCUGCAGGAGAAGAACAUGCAGGCUGUGGUGCAAACGCCAGGAGGAAAAAAGCGCAACAUUCCUUUCAGACGGCAGCGGAUGCAGAUAGAUGAGCUCUUGCCUCCAUCCUUGGGUCCCACGCCGGCAGUGGUGGCGCAGCCUGAUGACCCGUACAUCGCUGACCUGUUACAGGUGGCCGACGACCGUAUUCAGGAGCUGCAGCAGGACGUCAAUAAGCUCCAGGUGGACCUGGAGAGAACGCAAGCGGGAAUUAAACACCUCAACACUCAAGUGGAGGAGCGGGACAAAGAGAUUGAGCGUCUGAAUCGUGCCCUGGAUGGAGGGCGCCCUUACGAUGUCAUCUCCCUGGAGGCCCAGAACAUCAGCAACGAGAAGCUCAUCGCUCACCUCAACCUGCAGAUAGAGUACCUGCAGGAGACCAACCGCACGCUGGAGCAGAAAGUGCAGGGCCUGCAGCAGAGGAAGGCGGACGCCAGUGCAGAGGCGGCCAACCUGAGUGUGCGCAACCAGGAGCUGUGCCAGGAGCUCACCCACAUCGACAAGCUGGCCCAGCAGUUGGAGAAGGACAAGGAGCUGGUGCUGGAGACGGCCGACGAGGAGCUGGAGGAGGCCAAGAGGGAGCUCCUGAGGCAGCAGGGCGUGAUCGAGGACCUGGAGAAAGUCGUCUCCAAACUGAAGAGGGACUUACUGGAGGGCGAGCACGAUAAAGACCGCGUGAGGGACCAGCUGGCCGACUCCAGGGAGCAGAAUGAGAAGAUGGAGGGCUUGCUGAAUUUCCUGGAAGAGGAGAAGAGGAGGCUCCAGGACAAACUGGAGAAGAUGACCCUGGCUGAGAAGGACCUUGUUCUGGAGCUGGAAAAGAUGCGCAUGCGUUACGGCAUCUGCGGAAAAGACCGCUCGCCCUCCCGCCUGGACGCCUUCGUCAAGAGCCUGGAGGAGGAGCGGGACUACUACCGGCAGGAGGCCGAGAAGUACCGGCGGACCCGCGGGGGCGGGGGCACCAGCCGAAGCCCCUCCCUCAGCCCAGCCAGGGGCAGGAGCCCCAGGACCAGGUCAAGCUGGCAUGGACGGGGGGACAGUGGGGAAGUGGACAUCUUCCGUGUGGUGAAGGAGAGAGACGACCUGCAGGCUGUCCUGCUGGGCUUUGAGAAGCACAUGGAGGAGAUCCAGACCAAGGUCAAAGCCCUGACCUCCGAGAGGGACCAGCUCAGUGCACAGUACCAGCAGAUUCAGGAAGAGCUCAGGCGCGUGCGGCGAGAAAGCGGUACGUCUCCCGAGCUGCAGCAGCGACUGCGAGAGGAGAGGGAGCAGGCAGACGCAGAGCUGCAGAGGAUGACGUCGGAGAGAGACACACUCAGGGAGAGACUCAAGGUUGCCCAGACGACUGCUUUGACAGACAGGGAACAGGAGGAGAGGAGGAUAUUGGACCUGGAGAGCACCAUUCAAACAUUGGAGCGCGAGCGCAUGGACCUGCGUGUUCAAGUGAGCAUGCUCAAACAGAGGGCGGAGACAGUGGAGGCCGAGCUAGGCGCUCGCACUUCAGUCAUGGUGCAGAGUGCCGAACAGACCGCCCAGCAGAGGGCUGAGAGUGGGGCGCUCAGGCUGCUACAAGAGCAGAUGGAGCAGUCUCUGUCUGACGUUCAGCACAGGCUGUCGGUGAAGACCAGUGAACUGCAGGCUGCCCAUCAGAAGAUCGAAAGACUGGAGGACCGCAUCAGUGAUCUGAGUCACCAUGGCUUGUCUCAGAAGGAUGAGGUGAGCGUGCUACAGUCAGCCCUGGCCACUCUGGACAGGGAGAAGGACUCGCUGCAGGACACUGUGGACCAGAAGACAGAGACCAUGGCUCUGUUGCAGGACGAGCUGCACAGCAAGGAGAAGACCUUGAAGGAAGUGAGACUCACUGUUGCCGAUAUGGAGAACUCACUAGACCAACUGAAAGGGGCGCUGAGCAGCCGUGAGCGGGAGAUCUCCAGCCUGCGCAGGCAGCUGGACUCUAGCCAGGAGGAGCUGGCAGCGGUGGGCCGCGACCGAGAGAUCGCCCUGAGAGAGAACCGGAGACUGCAGGACGACCUGGCCACCUUGACCAGAGAAAACCAGGCUGUGCAUGCUGAGAUGGAGGAGGCCUUCCACGAGAAGGACGAGCUGAAGAUGAGGGUCCAGUCCUACAUCUCUGAGGUGGCACGCAUAGAGAACCUCAUGGCUGCCAAAGAGCUGGAGAACCGUGAGAUGCUGGAGCGGUUCCGCAUGGCCCACACGCAGGCGGAGGAAUGGGAGGCGCAGCUGCAGCAGGCCGAGGGCGUGACCAACUCCAUCCGCCUGGAGCUGCUCUCCGCAGACACGGAGCGCAGGCACCUCCGCGAGAGAGUCAGCCACCAGGAGAGAGAGAUCCAGGAGCACAUGAGCGCUCUGCAGGCGUACGAGGCUCAGGUGUCAUCUCUGGCCCGAGGCAUGUCGCGCCUGGAGGAGGAGAUGCAGCUGGCGCGAGGGGAGAAGGGCUCGGUGGUGGCCGACUUGGCCGCCGUCAGGGAGCUCUGCGUCAAGCUGGACUCCAGCAAGGAGCUGACCGCACGCCAGCUCACCGCCAAGAGCAUGGAGCUGGAGAGGGUGUUGGGGGAGCUGGAGGACGUGCGUUCGGAGGGGGAGCUCCUGAAGAAGCAGCUGGCCAGCGAGCGCCUGACGGUGCGCAACCUGGAGACGCUGCUCUCCACCAACCGGCAGAAGGAGUUCCAGACGCACCUGAGCUCCAGCGAGAGGGAGGCGGAGCUCAAGCUGCUCAAGGACCGGCUGGCCCUCGCCGACAGCAAGACGGCGGGUCAUGCCAGGGAAGUCUCUCAGCUCCGGGGGAAAUUGUCCCAGCUGCAGACGGAGAUGGACGUUCUGAAGAGACAGCUGACCACCGAGCGCUUUGAGAGGGAGAGGGCCGUGCAGGAGAUGCGCAGGCAAGGUGUGUCCUUCUCCUCUCUGAGAAGCUCCUCCCCUCUGAGCACCUCGCUGAGUCCCCGCCCACACAGUCCCCGCCCACUCUCCCCUGAGCGUUCCUCCAUCCUCCGCACGCCUGAACGAACGGCCGACAAACCGCUUGACAAAAGCGUGAGCUUCAAAGAGUGAAAACCAGGAGCCAAACCUCAGGAAACGAAGAGAACAUUGAAUUUAUACUUGAAAUGCGGAACUGGGGCCCUCUGAAGUGAUCUCCUGCCAAGCCAUGAUUGUCCACCCAAACACGAGGCACAUUCUGGUGGCCAACCAAAACCCACUCCUGAGGUGAUGGAGGCCUCUCCACUCCUGCUCCAUCAGAAAGGCAGCUCAGCGGGAGGGUUGCAGUGGCUCAAUCAUGCCGAGUGCCUACUAGAGCGCAUCACCUUUUGCACAUGAAUGUCAAAUUAUGUGUGUCGUUUGAAGGAAUCAAAGCAGUGGCACUAAUUGUCUACCGUAGUGUGAAUAUGUGUAUUUCUUUUAUAAAUAAGAAUUCUAUAUUUGUUAGACGUAUUUUUACUUAACUGUCUGUCUUCAAUGAACUGAUCCUAAUCUUUUGGGGUCUUGCUUUUAAUUAUACCACUUAUUUGGCUACUGUGUGCAUAAUAGCAUGACUUACCAAAUGUGUUGCCAUACCUUAUGCUACUGGCCAGUUUGUAUCAGAUGGCAGUACGGAGUUGAAUACUUCAGAAUUGUUUGUUAUUUAAUUUUAUUUUGUCUGGGUGCACAUGAAGUGGUUCUAUGGAUCAUCUUUAUCAUUAAUUUAUUCUGUGUGAAUAAAAAGCAUUCUUCGUU